CCCCAUAAAAACAUGUUUAUUCACGCUCCCCCAAAAUUCGGUCCGUCCGAGACUCACACUCCUUCCCCAACCUGCGUCCACUGCGGUCAAUCUGCACUCGCGAUCCAUGCCGCUGGUUUCCUCUAGAAUUCGAGUGAUGACGCCUCAGCCGAGGAGGAAGAAAUGGACUGAGGCGGAGGAGAGGACUCUGAUAGAUAAGUAUGGGGAGAUGGCGUGCGACGGUACGUUGUCGAAGAUGAAAACUAGGGAGAAGAAGUACAGGCCAAUUGCUGUGUACGUGAAUUCGAUGCACCAUGCCCUAGACCCUGCUGCGUACCCCUGGCAAUGGACAUGGAAGGAUGUAUCCACGAAGGUGCAGAAUAUGAGGCAUCAGUAUGUCCUUGUGAAGCAGAAGAUUAAGAAGGAGGAGUCUGCUAGGGGACUGAGUGAGGAUGAGGAAUUUGAUUGGAUGGAAGGGAUUACCCAUUGGCCCAAUUUCAUGAGGUAUAAGGAGGUUUUUGGGGAUGUUGCAGUUGCAUUUGCCUUUGCAGGGAGUGAUGGUGUUGGAAUGGUGAAUGGGUGUAAUGGGAGGUUUGAAGGGGCAGACAGCCAUGAUUUGGAUAUGGUGCAGUUUGGGGGUUUGAGUGAGGGUGAGGGAGCAUUUGUAGGUGGGGUUGAGAAUGGGGUGAUGGAUUUGGAGUUCAACUACGAUGGAGACGAGGGGCGGCGCAGCAGAGGGAACAAAAGUGAGGAUGUUGAGCCAAGUGUCGCCAACAUGAAAAAGAAGAGGAAGGUGUCGAAAGUGCUGGAGAAGAAGGCGUGGGGAGUUGUAGUUAGCCAGUUGAAUCACUUGAAGGAGAUGGAGACUCGGUUUGCGCAGGAUGAGGUGGAGAGAGAACAGGAGAGGCAAAGGAGGGAUCAUCUUCGAAACAAAAUGGAGAAAGAGCACGAAAGGAAGUUUGAAGAAAUGGAAGCCGAUAGAGAAAUUUGGGAGAAGUUGAGGCGGCAGUGGAUGGAAGAAUGGGAAGCUAUGGAGAGAAAGAAUGAAGAGAUGGAAAGAAGGAGAGAGGAGGAGCUAAUGCACAGAAGGGAAUGGGAGGAGAGAAUGAACAUGAGGAGAUCGGAGUGGAAGAAGAAGAUGGAUGAGAUGCUAAGUCAGCAUCGGGCAGAAAUGGGACAGGUUCAGGCUAGAAUACUACACGAGCAACAAAAUAUUACGGCUCAGUUUGUUGGAAUUCUUUCACAAUGGACCGGUCAUCCCACCGGGCUUUCUGAUCACUCUGGCGGAAGUGGCCAUUAUCUAUCUCAGAUGAUGCAAAACUUGCACCAUGUAAAUGGCAUGGUCCAUGGUGAUGCACGAGUCGAGGAGGAGGAGGAGGAUAACCAAGAAGAUCAGUUCAUUGUUGAUGGUUAAUAUCAAAAAAGAUUGCAUGAUGCAAUUUUACCCUGCAGGUGGAGGCAGUAUAAAAAAAUCGAGGUUCAGGUUUGCUAUUUCAGCAGGAAUUUAUGUAUAGUUACUAUUCUUUAUCUUUAUUCCUUGAGAAUUUUCUUGGUAUUGAUUAGAUGGUUGGAUAGAAGUAAUAAUAAUUACCUCAACUUUUUCCUUGUAAGUAUUAUUGAGUAACAUUUCCUAGUAUUCUUUUAAACAAAAGAGAUCCUGAAUUCCCUCAA